GUGCUUAGCAAGGUGAAGCCGCGGGAUCUGGGUAGCCCCAUUGAAAGGACUCCCUUAUUCGCUUUUAUUGUCUCCUAAAGAACUGGGGUUCCAAGGUGAGCUACAGCACCUAGUUCCUGAGAUCACCUCUCUUCUCUCUAAACCAGCUCUAAAAGUGUUAUUGGCCCACAAGGUGGAAGUCCAGGGCUUGCUUGGCCGAGAGCUGCCAGGAAUGUAUGACGGAUGUGUUUUAAAAAUUGUGGAGCCGAAUUUCUCCCAAACUGCGUGAGGAUGCCCCAGUUUCUUAUCAUCCAGGGGGUAACUAGGGGUUGUGGCAAGGACAAAGCGGGUGUCGAGCUAUCUAUGGAGUUGCUGCCAGCCAGCCAGGUGCCCAGGAGCCAAUGCAGAGAGACUGCCAGGGCCGCAGUGUCCGGGAGGAGAAAAGGGAAUCCCAUGUUAGUAAAUCUGUUGGCAAAUGAGGCUCAUUAAUAGAUAAAUAUUUCACUGCUUCCUUUAGGGCAGAUAAACAGUGCGCCGCCGAUUAAAGAAAGGAAGCUGAGAGACAUUGACUUUAUUUGAACCACAUGGUUCCAGUUUGUGGCUGCGGUCUCUCCGCUCGGCUAGAGGAGACGCCCGCGCCUGCAGUGUUGGCUCUGGAGCAUAAAAUCCGAUCUUAAAUGUUCCUCUGCUUAUAGAGAGAGGUGGGCAAAGAGUGGAUCUCUCUCUCUCUAGACCAUCUUUGGGUGGACAGGUUAAGGAGACCCUGCAGGGUCAUGGAUCCUCAAAGAGGACCCGGACAGGGGGAAUCCACACAGUGGAUCUGGGGUUCAGGAAUAGGUAUGCGGUUGUCGAGGGGCGAUCCCUGCCUCCAGGCUUCGGUGACUGGGAUGGGGCUUUGGCGGAGCCUGGGGGGUCUGAUUGCGUCGGGCGCCCCGGGCCAGCCGGGUGCAGGCAGGCCGCGUCUGUGAGCCUCUCCUUCCAUUCUAGGCGGCCGCCGGCCCGUGGCGCGGGACCACCUGUGAGGGCUGCUGAGAUUGGCGGAGGCGGUCAUGUGGGCGGUCACGUGCCGCGGCGAGCUCCGUCCAAAAGAAAAUGGGGUUUGGUGUAAAUCUGGGGGUGUAAUGUUAUCAUAUAUCACACUACCUCGUAAAACCGACACUGAAAGCUGCCGGACAACAAAUCACAGGUCAAAAUUAUGAGUUCUUCGUAUUAUGUGAACGCGCUUUUUAGCAAAUAUACGGCGGGGGCUUCUCUCUUCCAAAAUGCCGAGCCGACUUCUUGCUCCUUUGCACCCAACUCGCAGAGAAGCGGCUACGGGCCGGGCGCCGGUGCCUUUGCCUCCACCGUGCCGGGCUUAUACAAUGUCAACAGCCCCCUCUAUCAGAGCCCCUUCGCGUCCGGCUAUGGCCUGGGAGCCGACGCCUACAACCUGCCCUGCGCCUCCUACGACCAAAACAUCCCCGGGCUCUGCAGUGACCUCGCCAAAGGCGCCUGCGACAAGGCGGACGAAGGCGUGCUGCAUGGCCCGACCGAGGCCAGUUUCCGCAUCUACCCCUGGAUGCGCAGUUCAGGACCCGACAGGAAGCGGGGACGCCAGACCUACACGCGCUACCAGACGCUGGAGCUGGAGAAGGAAUUCCACUUCAACCGCUACCUGACGCGGCGCCGCCGCAUCGAGAUCGCUCACGCGCUCUGCCUCACUGAGCGCCAGAUCAAGAUCUGGUUCCAGAAUCGGCGCAUGAAGUGGAAGAAAGAGCAUAAAGAUGAGAGCCAGGCUCCCACUGCAGCCCCCGAAGAUGCGGUGCCCUCCGUUUCCACGGCUGCGGACAAGGCCGACGAGGAGGACGAGGAGGAAGAGGAGGAGGAAGAGGAGGAAGAGGAGUAAAGGGCCAGGCACAGGACCCUGGCUGCACAGGACAGUUGGAAAAGCGUCUUUAAGAGACUCAUUGAUUUUAGUUACAAAAAACUGGG